AUGCCGACCGCGCGUCGCAAGUCCGCCAGUCCCACCAAGCACACAGCUUUUGCCCUGAGCACCGCCCAACCCUCACGACGCCACGGCGCUUGGCGUCCACUGCCCGUGUAUCUUGCCGAUGGAAAGACAGUCUAUCAAGACUAUGUGCGCCCUCCCCCUGGUCAGGCUGGGUUCGCCCUUAACACUCGAUGGGCAGAAGAGCUUGAUGAUCAGCCCCCGCCCCUAGACGCAGACGGAGAGGCACCUGAGGAUGCUCCCAAGAUGUACAUGGCGUAUAUUGGCAGCGAUGUUGCACCGUUAGGCCCGCAGACGACGCAUUCUCGUCUGCGAGGAAAGCAGACCAGGCAUUGGAUGGAGGAAGUCUUUCUGGUCAUAUUACCAGUGUAUGCAGACCUGGUGCGCCGCACCGAGCGGCUGCGACACUUGGAACGGGUCAUGCCAUACACAAGGGAAUGUAUCUGCGGGAGACAGCGAGAUGUGCAAGUGUACUUGCUCAGCUGGCAUGAUGUGCAACAAACGUUGUUGACCUACUGCGCGUGCUUUCCAGCAGCUCCUCAACUUGUCGCUUGUGGCCUAUUCCCCAGCUCACCAAUCGAACCCCAUCUGGCCGUCGACAUGAGAGUCUUGGACUUCGCGCAAGAUCUCUUCCUCAAUCAAGCACCCAAAAACUGUGCGCUGACGAAGACGAUCGAGCAGUGCCUCGAUCGUCUGGGGUACAAACUGCCUAACCAAGAAUCCCUGCGUUGUCAAUUUGGUAACACCCUCGAGUACUACACAAUCUUGCGUCACCGGACAGACCAGGCGAUGGACGACAUACUUCAAAGCGUGCAGGAGGAGAUGCGCGAAGAAGAGGAACAUUGCGAACAGCCAUCAACACCUACUCCCUCACCCCACCGCGGUGCUGAAGAAUCUCCGCGCAAAAGAAGGCGCAGAGAACUCGAGUCGUCCCCACCAUCCUCUCUGACUAAGCGCACCCGAGCACUGUCUUCCUCUCUGACCCGGGCGUUCAUGCCCCCGUCUUCAUCACCUGGCCCCAGCCCCGAGCAGUUGUCUUCUCCAGGUCCAUCCUCCCCCAUCGCUGAGUCAUCCGGCACCGCCGGGCCGAUCUACCCGUUCCCGACGCCUCAAGACCGUGUCUGA